UUUGUGUAACCUGGCCAAACAUCAACAAAACAACACUUGAGCUGCUUGAAAAUAUCCCUGUUACCGAGUUAUUAUGGCUUUUCUUUCAGAUAUUCUUGUUGCUGGCACCUUGCUGAUUAAUGCCUGUGCAGUUCUGAACUUUAAACUUAAAAAAAGGAACCCCACAGAUUCAUUUGGAGAAGAGAAUGAAGAACCUUCACUUGGUGAAAAAUUGAAGGACUUUAUCAUCAAUCUUCGAUACUUCAGAAUUUUUAUUGGUUUAUGGAAUAUUGUAAUGAUGCUGUGUAUGGUCAUAUUAUUUGGUUCGUGACUGAAACUUAUGGACGAGGGUCACAUAUUUUGGGGGGUCUAGCAAGAAGACAAGUUUACAGCUUGUUCAAUAACAAAUAACAGUACUUGUACAUAGAGAAAUUGUCUAUAGCUUGGCUUGACAGAAGACAUCAACAAUGGGUAGUAGUUGUGAUCAAUUAGGAAUUGCUGUAAGAACUACUGUAGUCCACAAAGAAAAUCUACAUUGUACAAGGAUUGUCAUUUCAUCUAGUGGUUUUGUUGCAUUUCUUAGGCUAUGUUUUUCUUGGGACUGUUUCAAAUUUGAAUUACCCCUUCUCAGAUCAAAAUUCUUUGGUUCUCUUUCUGACGAGCAAGAAACAUGUAUCAAACGUUUACGAAGGGAAAAUCUUCCACGGUUGAGCUUCCAGAUACCGUAGAGUAGUGCAUUGAAUUAGUGUACCAGUGCAUCGAAAAUCUUUAAAUCGCUGACCAAGUCUUAGGUGGGUCAUUUCGUAGACAUCAGGAUUAAAUUUAUGCGAGGGGGCUCCCAUCUUGUCAAUUUGUCUUGCGCUUGUAUUAACGUAUAAUAAUCUUUCUAUAAGUUUCUACUAACCUGUAUGAUAGAGUUCUUUUAGCAACAAAACAAACUGAAACAUGCUAAUCGAGCUUGUAGAUAUUGUUCAUUGGAAGCGGAACACAACUAGCCAGGGCAUGUAGUAAUUACUUGAUGGUUCCCCAACGGUACUGUGUUAAUACGACCGACGAUUGAUACUCACGUAAGACGGCAUGAAAACUCCACAACAUUAAAGGAGUCUGAAGUCGUAUCAAAGUGUUGGGACGUUAGUGGGAGCAAAAAGCUUUAGCAAACUCGCUGGGAAAAGAGUACCAGAAGUCUUCAAUCACAUCUGCCUCUUGUUGAAUGCACCACUGCCUUGUUGUUACAACUUCUACGUAAACUUCACCAACAGCACUAACUUCCACCAUUGACAAAAAGCUUGGCGCUCAUAUUCUGGUUGUGUUUUCUCAAGAGAUCACGCCUGAGCUCCAUGCGAAAUAGAUGCACAUACGACUGCGU